CUCGAAUCCGGGAAUUCUCAAUACCGACGACGUCAUCCUCUUUCUCUCUCUCUCGCUCGCCAAUCCAACAGCCAUGAGACUGCUGGAAGCAAUUGAGGCGGCGCUUCCGCCGUCUUCCUCCACCCCUGAUCCUGCCGCCGCCGACACCGGCAGCGGAGGAAAGUGGUUUCACGGAUGGCUAAUGGAUUGCCACGGGCUGUGGCAUAACCUGCUGCUCAUACUGCCCUCAGCUCUCUUCCUCAUAUACUUGGCUUCUCAAGCGAAGAAGAAUUAUCCGAAGAUUUUGAAUGGACGAUCGCAUAUCAUAACCGCACUGUACGGAUUUCUCUGGCUCGUUAGCAUCCUUAAUCUAGCCUGGUGCUCACUUCAGGUAUGGGAGUGCAGUGGUGGAAAACAGUUAGCUUGGAAUAUAUUGUCCUUGCUUACUACAUCUGGGAUGAUGUUUCUUGAAGUAAGCUUGAUUGCCUUUUUACUUCAAGGCAAUUAUUCAAGUGGGCAAGAAGCUCUAACUCGGACUUUUCUCAUCUCGGGUCUCGUUGUUGGUCUGGAUAUGUUUCUUAAGGCAAUUUACAUAUUUGGAUUUGGCAUUCAGCUCUUUGUUCUUGAGAACAAUGGCUCACAGUGGGGCUUGUGGGUUCUUCACAAGUUACUGCUUACUGCAGCUUAUGGGUUAAUUUUUUUUAUGUAUCGCAGUAGAUGGAGAGAGAGGCUACCAGCAAGACCUGCAUUCUACAACUACAUAAGCAUCAUGCUUGGCUUAAAUGUGGCUACUUUAUUCGCUUGUGCACUUGCAGCAAAUGGUGCUGGAUUUGGGCUCUGGUUGUAUAACAUCAUGGUCAUUUUCUACCACGCCUUCUACCUCCCUCUUCUAUAUGUGACCUUCCUGGCAGACUUUUUCCAGGAAGAACAUAUGAAUUUGGAGAAUGCAUAUUACUCAGAGAUGAAGGAUGCCGGCUUCUUUGAUAUUGAUUGGGAGGAUAACAUGGCAACUACUCCCUAAUGAGGUGAUUUCAACUUUCAAGUUUGUAAAUGUGUAAAUAUUUUUGUUUGGAGAAUAAAAGAUUCUAAUUGUAUUGUCAUUUUUCAAGGAUGUUUUCCAUUAAUCAACUUGUGAAAUUCUUAGUGUUA